AUGAUUAACUUCACGUCCGCCAUCCAUUCCCAUAGCCCUGUAACAAAGGCCAUGCUAUCGAUAGGAGGAGAUACAGGUUCUCCAGUACUCCCUAGUAUGAUGAGUUGCCAAGAAAAUCGCGCUGCAUUCAUCAAAUCAACGAUCGAUGUAUCCAGAAAUUAUGGCUUUGAUGGCCUUGAUCUUGAUUGGGAAUUCCCGAUUGAAUCAGAAGACAUGCUCAAUCUAGCAUUGCUCCUCAAAGAAUGGCGGCUCGCCAUCAACACAGAGUCAAUAACUUCCUCCAAACCUCCUCUCAUCCUCUCUGCUGCUGUUUACUUUUCUCCGAACACUCUCUUAUCAGGUACAAUUUAUCCCACAGAAGCUCUAAGAAACUAUCUUGAUUUCUUGAGCCCUAUGUGCUAUAACUACCAAGGUUCUUGGGACACUUCAGCAACUGGUGCUCCAGCCUUGUUAUACGAUAAGUCUAGCAAUAUCAGCACGAGCUACGGAAUUUCAGCCUGGAAACAAAAAGGGGUACCUUCAACAAAGCUGGUCAUGGGACUUCCCUUAUAUGGAAAUACAUGGGAAUUGAAGGAUCCAAAUGAUCACGGAAUCGGUGCCCCUGCAGUAGGAGUUGGCCCUGGAACUCAAGGAGAAAUGUCAUAUAAUGAUAUAGUAACAUUCAAUUUAGAAAACAAUGCUUCUGUAGUAUACAAUAAUGAAACAGUUUCAACAUAUUCAUAUGCUGGAACAAAUUGGAUUGGAUAUGAUGAUACUGAUUCCAUCAAAGCAAAGAUUAAAUAUGCUAAGGCUCAGGGUCUUGGUGGUUACUUUUUCUGGGCACUUGGCUCUGACAGCAACUGGACUCUUUCUAGAACAGGUAAAAUUUCCUUAAGUUCCUCCGUUUUUAGAAGUAGAGUUUAAGUUCUAUGAACUGACAGUCUAAUUUACACAAUCAGGGCAGUUAUAUGGUUAACUAACAAAAUGGUAGUUAACUAGCUAUAUAUUGUAUUUAAGUGUAUAUAACUUAAAUCCUCAGACAUAUGUCUCUUUAUUUUUUUCAUAAUCAGCAUACUGUUUUAUAAAUUAUGGCAUCAAAAGUUGAAACUGUAUUAACGUUCGUGCAUAAUGAUUUCAGCGUCUAUGGCUUGGGAUGAUGAAAUUUGAGGUGCAGCCAUACGUGCAGGAUCGGUCUAUGAGAGGGAAAUUCUUAUCGAUCAAUGGAUCGUUUGAUUGAGUUUAAUUUAUUCGAUAUCCUUUCUUCAUUUCUAUUUACACUUCACAUUCGAAUUAGUACUGAGACGAAUUAUUAUUUAUAUUUGAUGCAUUUCUUCUUGUUAUUUUUGGGAAAUUUAAGAAAACUGAAAGUUGAGAAUGAAAUAUUGUAGC